AUGUCAGACCUGCAAAGAAGACUACUAUCACCAAGUGGAAAAACCAAGGGAGGAGGUAGCAGAGGAAGCUCCAGAUCGCAUUCUCGAGUAAGUACACCUGGCUUGAGUGACGAUGAGGACAGUUAUUUGAAUAACGACCUGGACUUUAAUCAACUGGAUGAGUUGCUGGCAAAGAAACUGGGUGAGCUAUCGGUAGAACCUAGUAGAACAUCCCGUUCAGAGAAUCCUCAGUCGACGAGUCCCAAUUCCUCAAAAAAACUGAAGGAGCCCUCAGACCUGGACCAAGUGAAGCGGAAUAAGGAAAUUACCAACCAGGAUCUUUACUCCACUGAUAACCUCAUCAGUUCAUUAACUAGCACUAGCCGAACGCAAGUAUCGCAAGAAAGUAGGGAACUUUUAUUGGCCCAACUGUUCAACCUCUACACUACAUCAUCCCGCUACCAGCAUACUUAUGACGAAUUUCAGCUGGAGCAGCUUAUAAGGGUCUUUAUAAAUGCAAAGACCGAGAAUGAGAAGCUGUUUGCCUUGAAAUGCGGGGCCUAUAUGGGUGCCAUUGACACAGAGGAAAGUUCACAGAUUAUAGUGGAUGAGUUUUUACCGUUGCUAAAGAGAGACAUAAUUGUUGAUGACGAUAGUGUUUCUGUUACUUUGAAGGCAAAUUAUAUUAUGGCUUUCUCAUCUCUAUUAUUGGUUGUAAUGGACGGCUCCGGGUGCUAUGGAAUUGAAGAAAAUAGUGAGAUGUUUUUGGAAGUAAUUGAAGGGCAGCUGAAUAGCAAGAAUCCUUCCACAUCAAUUGUCGUCAAUUCUUUACAAAGUGUUGGAAUUAUAUUAACUUUGAUUUAUUCAGGAAGAGGAGGACCUAGCAGCUCUCUAAACGAUUAUUUGAUCGAAAUAGCUCCUCGUGUGGUGGCAGUUAUUGACCAUCCUGAUUUCCAAAUACAAUUGGCCGCAACCAAAUUGAUUGGCUUGAUUUACGAAUUAUUUGAUUACGAUGAGGGCAACGAAGAUGAGGAAGAAUACGAUGAGAGCGAAGCAUUUCAGCCAAGUCCAUAUCAUGACGAAGAAAUUCUUUACUCUCUGAGAGAGCUUUAUAAUAAAGGUAAUAAAAAGACCUCUAAGAGGGACAAGAGUGACACCAAAUCUGUCUUCAAGGAUGUAAUUCAAUCCAUUGAGUACUAUUUGAACCAAAAUAAAGAGCCGGACAGGCUUCAAGACAUUUAUGUAUUACCAACGUUGACUCGUUUGAAGAUUUCAAGAACUAAAUCUUAUGAGAUUUCCAGUUGGUUUACCAUCUUAAGAGUAUCCAGUCUCAGGUAUCUUUUUGGAGCAGCGUUCCAUACCCAACUACUUCGCAAUGCUAACAUCAAGAAGCAUGUUUUCAAGCCAUCUUUCAAUGGUUUGAAUUCUGGAAGCUAUGAAGAAAACUUUGAUGAUAUUGAUGAUGAUGAGUAUGGUUAUUCUUCAUCCCACUCUCCCUUGAGUGAUAAAAAGAAAACGCAGAUGUUGCAAAAGAAGAGAUCAGAGAAGGCAAGAGAAAGGGUUCAUUCUGAUUUUGUCGGUUAA